AUGCCAGUUCGGAAGCAAGAGGCCCAUCGAGCAUUGGAAUUGCUUGAGGACUACCACAGCAAACUAAUAAAACCUCAAGACCGACAACUGCGCCUCGCUAUAGAAAGAGUCAUCAGGAUAUUCAAAUCGCGCCUUUUUCAGGCGCUUCUUGAUAUUCAAGAGUUCUACGAGCUCACACUUCUCGAUGACAACAAAUCGAUCCAACAGAAGACAGCAGAAACAAUACGAAUCGCAAAUAAGUGGGAAACGGAUGGCGUUCGACGCGAAAUUCCGAACGAGGAGAGCGAGUACAGAUCAGUCUCAAAUGCCUUUCUUCAAGACAAUAGGCAACCUGAUCGAUAUGCUGAUACACCCGACUCUGGGAAGCAAAUCGGUCCUGCGCCAACUACAAUUAUAUCGCCGAGUGCAGACGCGGAUGAGAAGAAGUGCAAAAAUACAAUUCCUGACGGUUAUGCACACUUGGUUAACAAAAUGACUGAAAGACGGAAGAAAAAAACCCAUAAUGGAUUCCUUCGAAAGGUGUCAUCCUUAUUUAAUCUCGAUACGGCUCAUGUUUCCACACCGGAAAUGAAGCAGUUACAGAUAAACGGUAUCGAGGGUGGUGCUGUGAUGGGCGAUGAUGGUUACCAGUACAUGACUGUAGUGCUGUCCCGGGCGGGUGGUGCAGGACUGGGAUUCAGCAUUGCCGGUGGUUCUGAUAACCCACAUGUUGCUGACAACCCUCAUAUCUACGUCACUAAACUCAUUCCCGGUGGAGCCGCUGCCGCUAGCCAGCUACAAAUUAAUGACGCCAUAUUACAGGUUAACGACACAAAUGUGGAGAACGUGACGCAUGCUGAAGCAGUAGAUGCGUUAAAAAAAGCCGGCAACACAGUACGAUUGAAAGUAAAACGUCGAUCCGUAGAAGAUCACCUCAGCGUGUCACAAAUAUCGAAUAAGGAAGAAGCUAUUGAAAUAGAACUUGUAAAAGGUGGUUCCGGGUUAGGGUUUAGUAUAGCAGGUGGGCUUGGAAACCAGCACAUCCCAGGUGACAAUGGAAUCUACGUCACAAAGAUAAUGGCUGGCGGUGCCGCUCAUCGCGAUGGACGUCUGAGGGUUGGGGAUAAAUUGUUAAUGGUUAAAAAUACUUCGAAAGGUGACGUGAAUCUGGACAAUGUUACACACGAGGAUGCAGUGGCCGCUUUGAAGGCAUCAGGGGAACGGGUGCUAUUGGUUCUUAUUCCUGGACCGAGGCACGGGCAACCUUCGCCCCGGACGUCGCGGGCAAACACGCCAUGUCCGACAUCGAGCACCACUAACUCGCUGCGGCGCGAAGACGUAACAGACAGCGCUGAGGAACCACGCGUCGUUGAACUGGAGAAGGGGACCCAGGGCCUCGGCUUCAACAUAGUGGGGGGUGAAGACGGCCACGGCAUCUACGUCUCGUUCCUACUAGCGGGGGGCCCCGCGGAGCGUUCCGGACAAUUGCGUCGCGGCGACCGAUUGCUAGCCGUCAACGACACUGAUAUUACGCAUGCAACGCACGAACUGGCCGCAAAGGCGUUGAAGAGUACGGGCCAAAAUGUAAAAUUAACAGUUGUGUACAGGCCGCAGGAAUACAACAAAUUCGAAGCUCGUAUCAAUGAGUUGAAGCAACACAAUACGUUACUUAGAACCUCGCAGAAACGAUCGCUGUAUGUCAGAGCGCUCUUCGACUAUGACCCGAUUCGGGACGAUGGGCUCCCAUCGCGAGGUCUGCCCUUCAGAUAUGGAGACAUUCUGCACGUCACCAAUGCGUCUGAUGACGAGUGGUGGCAGGCCAGGCGAUUAGACAGCACAGACCCAGAUGCGAUUGGUAUAAUCCCGUCAAAGAGGCGCUGGGAGAGGAAGCAGCGAGCACGCGAUCGACAGGUCAAGUUCCAAGGGCAAGGCACGCCGGUCAGCACGAGCCAAUCGACACUGGAGAGGAAAAAGAAAACGUUUUCGUUCAGCAAACGAUUCCCCUUCAUGAAGAGCCGAGAAGACGGAAAGUCUGAAGAUGGCUCGGACCAAGAGCCUUUCAUGCUUUGUUACACUCAAGAGGACGCUAACGCGGACGGUCAAGACGAAAAUGUGUUAUCCUACGAGACGGUACAGCAAAUGACGAUAAACUACACGAGGCCAGUGAUUAUUCUAGGACCGCUUAAGGACAGGAUCAACGAUGACCUUAUAUCGGAGUUCCCUGAUAAAUUUGGAAGCUGCGUCCCUCAUACGACGCGAGCGCGGCGUGAUUACGAAGUGGAUGGACGCGAUUAUCAUUUCGUGGCGAGCCGAGAACAGAUGGAGCGGGACAUACAAAAUCAUUUGUUCAUCGAGGCGGGACAGUACAAUGAGAACCUGUAUGGAACGUCAGUCGCCUCAGUCAGAGAAGUUGCCGAAAAGGGCAAGCAUUGCAUUUUAGACGUAAGCGGGAACGCCAUAAAAAGGUUACAAGUCGCGCAACUGUUCCCCAUUGCCAUAUUUAUCAAACCAAAGAGUGUAGAAUCUAUUAUGGAAAUGACAAAACGAAUGACCGAAGAACAAGCGAAGAAAACUUACGAACGCGCUUUGAAGAUGGAACAAGAGUUCGCUGAAUAUUUCACAGCCGUAGUAACAGGAGACACGCCCGAAGAAAUAUACGCAAAGGUAAAAGCUGUGAUUGCGGCUGAGAGCGGCCCCUCGGUGUGGGUGCCUCGACGCGAUCCUCUCUAA